UCAUAUAUACAGAAUAACUCACAACUGAAAAAGAAGAGAAAGAGAAAGAACUCUCUUUCGUUCUUUCAUGGAACCACAAGCGUGUUGAAGUCAGAGCCACCAUUUCUCUUCCUCGCCCAUCUCUAUCCAUCUCUGACAGGGUUUUGCUGGCACUUGAUGAUACAAUCCCUCUGUCUCUCUCUGCCUCUCUGUCUCUCUGUCUCUCUCUUGUGUGCGCGCUUUUCCAAACAUGGGUGUUCAAGAUUUCUGGGUGAUGAUCAUUGUUCUUGGCCUUUGCUUCCAAUCCCAGCUUCUGAAUUCUCAGAAUCUGACAUGCCAUCAAGAUGACCGGAGGGCAUUGAAGGAUUUCUUCGCAGGUUUGGAGUCGGUUCUUGAUGGGUGGAGCUCCAAUUCUUCUCCUGAUUGCUGUAAAUGGCCAGGAAUCACUUGCAACUCUUCCUUCUCCCUCGGUGUAAACGAUUCUGUCCCCUCCAAUAGAGUUGUUAAGCUGGAGCUUAACAACACAAGACUAAGUGGUAAACUCUCUGGAGCACUAGGCAACUUGACUCAGCUCACAACCCUCAAUCUCUCCCGCAAUUCCCUCAAAGGAGGGCUUCCUGCGUCCCUUUUCCAUUUGCAAAAUUUAGAGGUCCUGGACUUGAGCACUAAUUACUUUUCUGGUCCAUUUCCGGCAACCAUUGAUUUACCUUCAAUCCAGUCCAUUGACAUAUCUCAGAACCUCUUGAAAGGCAGUAUUCCCGAUGGCAUCUGCGAUAAUUCAAGUCGAAUUCGGGUUCUGAAUCUGGCUGAAAACUCCUUCUCCGGUAGUCUUCCACCAGGACUUGGGAAUUGUAGCUCGUUGGAACAACUCUGUCUCGGCUCGAAUGAACUCACAGGUCGCUUAUCUGAAGAUAUAUUUCGACUACAGAAAUUGGAGCGGUUGAGUCUUCUAGAAAACAAGUUUUCAGGGCAGCUGAGCAGCGGAAUCGGUAACCUUACUAGCCUUGUUCGUUUGGAUAUAUCCUCUAAUGAGUUUUCAGGCAGCAUCCCAGAUGUUUUUUAUAAUUUGGGAAAGUUGGAGUACAUGGAAGCCCUUUCAAACAAUUUCAGUGGUAAAAUUCCACCGUCCUUGUCCAUUUCACCCACUCUCACUUUGCUUAAUUUGAGGAACAAUUCUUUGGAGGGUCAAAUUCAUCUUAAUUGUUCAUUAAUGGCUAGUCUGGCCUCUCUUGAUUUAGGCUCUAAUCGUUUUUCCGGUUCUGUGCCUGAUACUCUUCCGACAUGUCGGGGUUUGAGAACCGUAAAUCUUGCCCGGAACAAUUUCAGUGGCCAAAUCCCAGAAACCUUCAAGAAUUUUCAGUCUCUCUCUUACCUCUCGCUCUCAAAUUCCAGCUUCUAUAAUCUUUCCUCUGCUCUUCAAAUCCUCCAGCAAUGCAGGAACCUGACUACUUUGGUCCUUACCCUGAACUUCCCUGGUGAGGAAUUGCCUGCUGAUCCUUCUCUCCAUUUUGACAACCUUAAAGUUCUCGUUAUUGCAAAUUGUAGACUCAGAGGUUCAAUAGCAACAUGGUUGAGAAAUUGUAACAAAUUGCAGUUGUUGGAUUUGUCCUGGAAUCGGUUGGAAGGAACUAUUCCAGUGUGGCUUGGCAACUUUGAAUCUCUCUUUUACUUGGACCUUUCAAACAACUCAUUUACAGGGGAGAUUCCAAGAAGCUUUGCUGGAUUAGAGAGUCUCAUCUCCCGGAAUAUCUCAUUGGAGGAAACCUCCCGGGAUUUCCCAUUGUUCUUGAAAAGGAAUGUGAGUACGAGAGGAUUGCAGUAUAAUCAAGUUAGGAGCUUGCCACCAACACUGGACCUAAGUCACAACAAUCUUAAUGGAACAAUCUGGCCGGAGUUUGGGAACCUGAAAAAGCUCAUUAUUUUGGAUUUGAAAUUUAACUAUCUAUCAGGACAAAUUCCUAGCGAUUUAUCGGGGAUGACAAGCUUGGAGAACCUGGAUUUGUCGCAUAACAAUCUUUCAGGGACAAUACCACCUUCAUUACAAAAACUCAGCUUUUUGUCAAAGUUUAAUGUUGCAGAAAAUCAUCUAUCUGGGGAAAUCCCUUCAGGUGGGCAGUUUCAGACAUUCCCAAAUUCGAGCUUCCAAGGUAAUAAUUUUACUUUUUGUGGACCGUCUUGUCGUCGAUCAAUUGACAAAGCUCCUAAUCCAGGACCACCCAACAAAUCAGUAAGUAAAAGAGGACCUCUCAUUGGAAUGGUUAUUGGGAUUGUUUUUGGGACAGCUUUUCUUCUUGUCGUCUUGUUCAUAAUUUUGUUGCGAGCACAUAGCCGAAGAGAGGUUGAUCCUGAGAAAGAAGGUGAUACUAAUGAUAAGGGUUUGGUAGAACUUGGGUCAAGAUUAGUGGUUUUGUUCCAAAACGUGGAGAACAAUAAAGAGCUGUCUAUUGAUGACCUUUUAAAAUCUACCAGCAAUUUUGAUCAAGCUAAUAUUAUUGGUUGUGGGGGUUUUGGUCUUGUUUACAGAGCCACACUCCCUGAUGGCAGGAAGGUUGCAAUCAAACGUCUCUCCGGUGACUGUGGUCAGAUGGAAAGAGAAUUCCGAGCUGAAGUCGAAGCCCUCUCAAGAGCUCAGCAUCCAAAUCUUGUCCUUCUUCAAGGGUAUUGUAUGUACAAAAAUGACAGGCUCUUAAUAUACUCUUACAUGGAAAACAGUAGCUUGGAUUAUUGGUUACAUGAAAGGCUUGAUGGUUUAACCUGCCUAGAUUGGGAUACAAGGCUCCAAAUUGCUCUAGGGGCAGCAAGGGGGCUUGCUUAUUUGCACCAAUCUUGCGAGCCCCAUAUCCUUCACAGAGAUAUAAAGUCGAGUAACAUCCUUCUAGAUGAAAAUUUCGAAGCCCACUUAGCCGAUUUUGGUCUUGCAAGGCUCAUACUCCCCUACGAUACUCAUGUGACAACUGAUCUUGUAGGGACUCUAGGCUACAUCCCUCCAGAAUAUGGCCAAGCCUCCGUUGCCACUUACAAGGGAGAUGUGUAUAGUUUUGGGGUUGUUCUUUUGGAACUUCUUACCGGAAGGAGGCCGAUGGACAUGUGUAAGCCGAAAGGAUGCCGGGAUCUAAUUUCUUGGGUGUGUCAGAUGAAGAAGGAGAAGCGUGAAAGUGAGGUGUUUGAUCCCUUCAUAUAUGACAAGCAGCAUGAUAAGGAAAUUUUGCGGGUGCUUGACAUUGCUUGUCUUUGCUUGAGUGAAUGCCCUAAAGUGAGGCCUUCAACUCAGCAGCUAGUUUCUUGGCUUGACGACAUCCACAGAAAUAUCUAGUUUUCUUAUGUAACCAAGCAAAAUUCUGGUUGUAUACACUCUUGUAAGUAGAUUACGUUUUUGUAUUCUAAACAGUGAUCCUGUUGUAAAUAAUAAAGAAAAAGAGAACUGUUGUCUUCA